AGGAGGCGGGCGGCAGGUGCUGGCCCAGAGCGAAGCGCUCUUUUGCCGCCCCCCUUCCGCUCUGCCUGUCGCCGGGCCGCUCGGGCGCUGCGCUGACGGCAGCUGGGGGCCGCCGCCUCCGAGGGGACCGCCCGCGGCUCAGGUGCUGCCACCCUCCUGAAAAUAUGGGGUCUGAAAACCCAAGUCCACAGAAUCCUGGCUGUAAGAUUAUGACCUUUCGUCCCACCCUUGAGGAGUUUCGGGACUUUGGGAAAUACGUUGCAUACAUUGAAUCACAAGGAGCUCACCGAGCAGGGCUUGCCAAGGUGAUUCCUCCCAAGGAGUGGAAGCCCAGAAAAACCUAUGAUGACAUAGAUGAUAUGGUUAUCCCAGCUCCCAUUCAGCAGGUGGUUACUGGCCAGUCAGGAUUAUUUACACAGUACAAUAUACAGAAGAAACCCAUGACUGUGGGAGAGUACCGGCGUCUGGCUAACAGUGAGAAAUAUUGUACGCCACGCCAUCAAGAUUUUGAAGACUUGGAGCGCAAGUACUGGAAGAAUCUCACUUUUGUCUCACCAAUUUAUGGGGCUGAUAUCAGUGGCUCUCUGUAUGACACAGAUGUGGAAGAAUGGAAUAUUGGCAAUCUGAACACCCUGUUAGACAUGGUGGAACAUGAGUGUGGUAUUAUUAUAGAAGGUGUAAACACUCCCUACCUCUACUUUGGGAUGUGGAAGACAACGUUUGCUUGGCAUACAGAAGACAUGGAUCUCUACAGUAUCAACUACUUGCAUUUUGGGGAGCCAAAAUCCUGGUAUGCCAUACCUCCAGAACAUGGCAAGAGAUUGGAACGCUUGGCGAAAGGAUUUUUUCCUGGAAGCUCUCAGGGAUGUGAUGCUUUCCUCCGUCACAAGAUGACCCUCAUUUCACCCUCAAUCUUGAAGAAGUACGGCAUUCCUUUUGACCGGAUCACCCAGGAAGCUGGAGAGUUUAUGAUUACAUUUCCUUAUGGUUACCAUGCUGGCUUCAAUCAUGGCUUCAACUGUGCUGAGUCAACCAACUUUGCCACAUUGCGUUGGAUUGACUACGGAAAAAUGGCAACCCAAUGUACGUGCCGCAAAGACAUGGUGAAGAUUUCCAUGGAUGUCUUUGUGAGGGUUCUGCAGCCAGAACGUUACGAUUUAUGGAAACAAGGAAAAGACAUUGCUGUCCUGGACCACAUGAAACCCACAGCUCUGACUAGCCCAGAACUAGAUGCCUGGAAUGAGACGAAGGCAGACUUGAAGGCCAAAUUGCUUCGCAGGAUAGGAGAUGAGGAAGAGGACAACAAGCACCGGUCUCACAGAAAAAGGAGUCAACCCAGAAGACAUAAAACAGAGGAUCAGAAGUCUCUGGGGGAUGUCAUGGCUAUUGAAACUGCCUUGGAAGAUGUGAAAGUGAAAGAGGAACUGAAAAGAGGGCCAGACCUAGAGGAAGAAGACAGAAGCAAAGUGGUUGAGGGAGAAGGUGAAAGCAAAGUAAAGGCUCGUCCUCCGAAAGUAAAAGGUGAGAGGAAGAAGAAGCAUCUUUUUCAUCAGCACCAGCACCACCUGCAAACAUCUCAGCCUCUGCAGCAGCAGCAACAGCUGCCACUGCCACCAGCAGUGCAGCAGCAGGCAGAGGAGGAGGCAGCAGCAGCACGGCCGCCAGUACCCACAGCAGCACCUGCAGCAUCCGCAGCAGACAAGAGCUUGCUGACCACCCCUCUCAACGUUGUUCAGCCCUCAGAGGCACCAGUUGAGGAAGAUGACUUUAAGCCUCGUCCUAUCAUUCCCAUGCUUUAUGUGGUUCCACGGACCAAAAAAGUGGUGUUUGACAAAGAGCACAUGUCCUGCCAGCAGGCAUUUGAGCAGUUUGCUACUCAGAAGAGUCCUGGUUGGCGGGAGCAGACAGUCUCUUUGGAAAUCCCUGUAAAAGAGGAGGAGAGUGCAGAAGCAGAAAAUACAGAGAUUGCUACAGAGGUCAGUGAUUUACAGACUGCUGCUUUUUCAAAAAUGAAGAUGGAGAUAAAGAAAAGUCGUCGUCACCCAUUAGGCAAACCACCAACCCGCUCCCCCCUGUCAGUGGUUAAACAGGAGACCUCGAGUGACGAGGAAACAUUUCCAUUUUCUGGGGAGGAAGAUAUGAGUGACCCAGAGGCUUUGAAAUCUUUACUUUCCCUCCAGUGGAAGAAUAAAGCACCUAAUUUCCCAGCUGAAAGAAAAUUCAAUGCAGCUGCUGCCCUGAGUGAGCCAUAUUGUGCUGUCUGUACCCUCUUUUACCCAUAUAACCAGUCCUUACAGAUGGAUAAAGAAGCUGUCCCAGUCUCUGUAGGGGAGACCACCUCUUUUGUCCACCUUUCUAAGUGCGGACAGAAGACGAAGCCUCUGAUCCCAGAGAUGUGCUUUACCUCAAGUGGAGAAAACACAGAGCCCCUUCCUUCAAAUUCGUAUAUUGGGGAAGAUGGAACCAGUUCCUUGAUAUCCUGUGCCAAAUGCUGCCUGCAGGUUCAUGCUAGCUGUUAUGGAAUACGUCCAGAUUUGGUGAAUGAGAGCUGGUCUUGCUCACGAUGCUCAGCCAAUGCAUGGGCAGCGGAAUGCUGCCUGUGUAAUCUCAGGGGAGGAGCUCUUCAGAUGACCACUGAUGGGCGGUGGGUCCAUAUAAUUUGUGCUAUUGCUGUCCCUGAGGCCCGUUUUCUCAAUGUAAUAGAGCGUCAUCCUGUGGAUAUCACUGCUAUUCCAGAACAAAGAUGGAAACUGAAAUGCGUGUACUGUCGAAAGCGGAUGAAGAAGGUGUCUGGUGCCUGCAUCCAGUGCUCCUACGAGCACUGCUCCACUUCCUUCCACGUGACCUGUGCGCAUGCUGCUGGCGUGCCCAUGGAGCCCGAUGACUGGCCCUACGUCGUGUCCAUCACUUGCUUCAAACACAAAGCAGCCAACCAGAAUAUUCAGUUUCGAAGGGAAGUGACUCUUGGACAGACCGUGAUCACAAAAAACCGGAAUGGACUCUACUACAGGUGUAAAGUGAUCGGCAUGACGACACAGACUUUCUAUGAAGUAAACUUUGAUGAUGGGUCAUACAGUGACAACGUUUACCCAGAAAGCAUUAUUAGCAGAGACUGCAUUCAACUGGGGCCCCCUCCAGAGGGUGAGAUGGUUCAACUGCAGUGGACGGAUGGAAUCAUCUAUAAGGCCAAGUUUAUUGCAGCCCAGAUCAGUCAUAUUUAUCAGGUUGAGUUUGAAGAUGGCUCCCAACUAAUGGUAAAGCGUGGUGAUAUUUAUACCUUGGAGGAGGAGCUUCCAAAGAGAGUGAAGUCUCGCUUGUCCCUCAGCACUGGGGCCCCUCAGGAAGAUGUAUUUUUGGGAGAUGAAAUGAGAGCAGCCAAGCGUCCCCGGCUGGGGAAUGCAAGGAAUCCUGAAGAGUACGGACAAAACCCAGAUUACUUGGCCUUUAUGGAGAGCCUGUUGCAGACACAGUACCAACCUGGCACUCAGAGCAACAUGUUUUAACCAGGAUUAAUUAAAUAUGAAGUUAACCCUUUUCAAGCCUGUAGAAAAAUAACCAGGAAACUCCGGAAUAUAAGACCAGCGUUGUGCAAUACCCUGCUGUGAACUCCUUUCAUCAUCUUCUGGUUUGGACUGCAAGAAAAUCCUGUCUGGCUGCACGCUACCUCUACUUUGCCAGACCAACAGAACUGGGAGCCUGAGAAACCUUCAGACAGCAUUUCACCUGGAGACUUUCCAGCAUUUGUACUGAUGGAGCUUUGUGAUUAGCUCCUUUUUAUAAGGCUUGGAAAGAGUUAAGAUUUGACUAAGUGACUUUUUAAAAUACGUCAAACUCUUUUGUCUUUAAAGGUGCUAUUACAUUGACUACUGAAGCAGCCUUUGGAAUUGUGUUUUCUGUACAUAGAAGUCAACUUUGUGAAGUUUUCUAUAAAUAAGCACUAUUAAAAAAAAAAAAAAAAAGCAAACGAAAAUAGGAAAACAAAAGUUUCCACAAAACAUUUUUUCUAGAUUAUGGCUUUAAAACAGAAAUAAAAUCCUCCCCUCUCUCAUCCCUCAAUGAAAUGUGACUAAUAUUACACUGGGGAGAGAGAAAGCAAGAACAGAUGUCCUGGAAAGUUCUGGGUUCCUUUUUGUAAAGAAAUACUAUCUCAUUUGUAAUCUGGGGAAGAUGGGGAAAGAAAUGUUUCAUAGCUGGGAUGUUUCUUACUGUUAAUUCUCUUGAAGAAGUGAUAGAUGUGAGCAUUUCUGCCACGUCAACAGGAAGGGACGUAGUGAAGCAAUGACCAGGUUCUGGUCAUUCUUGUCAUCUUCCUUUCCCAUCCUUGCCAUCUAAGUUGCUUUCUAGUUUAAAACAAAACAAAACAAAAAAAACAAAACAAAACAAAAAGACAAAAAAAAAAAAAUACAAAACAUAAAACAAAACCAACAAAGAGCAUGGCUUUCAGUUAUAAUAUGCCACUCGGUUUUGGCAAGUGUUCUGUUGCUGCUUCUUGUGUUAGUUCCUCUAAGAGCCAUCCCCUUCCCCGCUGCAGACUAGAGCACAAAGGGAUUGUUCUAGCUCUCUGGUAGGCAUGUCUCCCAUAGGAACCUUUUUUCUUUUCUUUGACUCCAUUUUUAUUUUUCUGAGUUGUGCUCCUUACAGUUGUGAGAAUCAUUCCAUGACAGAAGCCCGGGAGGUGUUUGUAUGUUUUUCUUUUAUCCUAUUAAAGAAGAAAUUCCCCAAA